CCCACACAAGAACUUCGAGACUCCUUCCGGUUCAAAAGCUAUUUGUUGAUUAGCAGGAUAUAUGAGAGAGAUCCGAACAAACCGAAGGGAAAGCGUAGCGUCAAUCAAGAUGAACCUGUUAUUUAUAUAAAGGCAGAAGAUGAAGUAUUUCAUGAGCUCAGCACGUGGUCUUUUACUUUUCCUGUGCAUGCCGAGCAGUUGGUUCCAGACAACUUGAAGAACUAUAGGCAGAUGGGUCAAGUUCUGGUUGUUAAAGCUGACGAUGUUCCCAAGUUUCGAGAAAAGUUAAAAUCUUUAGUAGCUGCUGAAUCAUGAUGCCUUCAGCAUGAUAAUUUUGCAAACAUAAUUUUCAAGGUGAAGUUUCCUUUUCAAUUGGUUGGCAAGGACAGGAGCUAAAAUUUGUGUGUGUAAUAUCCCUGGACAAGGUAAGUAUUUUGUAGAUUGUCCAAAGAUAGGUGGUGGGACGCAAAAUACUUUUGGCAUUUCAUUCCCUUCCUUUUUGUUUUUGUAGUUGCAGGAUGUGCAAAUCUAUUUUACUUGUAGUUUUAGAGGCUAAACAGAAAAAUGUGCAUGAGCAUUGUAGAUUGAUCGUGCCCUUCGUUAUAAUCACAACAUUUAGGGGAGUUGCU